AUAUAUACCGGAGCCCUACAUGUGAAAUCUAUCGGGAAGCUGAAUUUGGCCGAAACUGAAGCUGAAUUUCGCGGGCGUCGAUGGAUUCUCCGUCUCCAAAGAGGCCCCGCGCUGAAUUUGAAUCGAAAUCAGACGACAAGGAUUGGAUCAGCUGUUUGCCCGAAGAAGUUAUAGGCCGUAUAUUAUCUCGAUUGACAUUUAGAGAAGCACAAGCGACCUGUGUUCUUUCCAGGAGAUGGAGGCACUUGUGUACUUCUCUGGUCACCGACCUUGAUUUCGACUGGUUGGACUUGUUGGAGAAGAUGGAAGAUAACCCCGAACUGGCAGAAAAGGAGAGGGCGAGAUACGUGGAAUGGGUGGACAAUGUCGUGCAUCGUCAAAGUGGAGGAGAUCACGCUUUACGUAGAUUUGCGUUACGCUUUGACCUGAAUAUCUCAUAUAAGUCUCGCAUCGAUCGGUGGAUUAGGUUUGCAUUGGCAAAGCAAGUUAAAGUUCUCGAACUAGAUUUUGAGCCCGCAUGUUCCGAGGAUUAUAAACCUGAUUGUGACCUUAGUCACUUGCCAUAUGUGUUAGGGUAUGACAUACUUAGAGAUGCUGAUGUAGGCUGUUCGCAGAGGGCGUCAGGUCGAAGUAAUUUUGGCUUGAGCCCUUCAAGUUCUUGGCAUGUCGGCUGUAGGUAUCUCGAAGAGCUCUCCUUGAAUCGAGUAAGUGUGGAGGGAGAACUCAUAGAGCAAUUGCUUGCCAAUUGUCCGGUUCUAGAGCGAUUGGUUUUGGAGAAUGCUCCUACUUUGAAUAGGCUUAGAGUUUCUGGCCAAUCACUGAAGCUGAAGCACUUGCGCAUACGAUAUUGUCGGGAUUUUCAACGUGUAGAGAUUUAUGACACGAAUCUUGUGUCCUUCGCUUACAGAGUAAUAGGAGAGGAAAUUCCAUUGUCUUUGGACAAGGUUCCCCGGCUGUCCGAGGUGUCUGUUGAAAGAUGUAGGUUCGAACGUGUGCACGUGACCAUGUCUCAGCUUUCAAGUCUUUCUUGUCUGCAGAUUCUCAAACUUGAAUUUUCCCUACUACUCUGUGAAACCGUAUGGACUCGUCAACUGCCUAAGUUAACAAGUGUCAAGCAAUUGGAACUAAGAGUUGAUUGAUUUGGAGAUGCGAGUCUAUUUCCGUUGACUCGCGUGAUCGAGGCAUGCCCCUGCUUGCGGAGUUUUGUGUUAGAGCUGACCAACCCGAUGGACAUGCUGUGCAGGCAGAGAGAACUGAUAAGAGUCGUUAGACCUCCCCAUCGGUACCUAAAGGAGGCUGAAUUUAAUAAUUAUUAUGGUCGACCUUGUGAUUUCGAACUAGUGAAUUACCUUAUCGACAAUGCGAUUGCUCUUGAGAAGUUGGUGGUGAAUCCUUGUGAUGAAGAAUAUGGCUCUGAUGGGUUGAAAAAAGUGAAGGAACCUAAAGAACGGGCUUUGCAACAGCUCAAGGGAAAGUUACCUUCCAAGAUUGAUCUGGUGAUUAAUUAACGGCGAGCCUAUUAUUUUGCAACCUAAUCUUUAUUAUUUUACUGCAGUUUAUUUAUCAUAGAUUUGUUGUCUCUGACUUUAUUUUGGAUUUAUAAGUUAUGUAAUAAAUUCAAAGGCCAUGGAUAAUUGAAGUUACUGCA